GGACCCACUUAGGGUUCCGUCAUGUUCCCUUGGGCACGAAUUUGCUCAUAGUAGGCGAGCGAAAUCAUCAAGCUCCUCUACUCUCAACAACAUGUCUCUCCCACUCUCAGGCAAAGUCGCACUUGUCACCGGCUCCUCUCGCAACAUCGGUGCCGCUGUCGCCAAACGUCUUGCAGACGACGGCGCAAGCGUGGUCAUCAACUACAACGGCAGCGAAGGCGCGGCCAAUGAGCUGGUGGAGAAGAUUAACGAGGAGGGGAAUGGCAAGGCCGUCGCCAUCCAGGCGGACGUGUCUUCCACUGAGGGGGGAAACAAGCUGAUCGAGGAGACGGUCAACCACUUCGGGCAGCUGGACAUCCUCGUCCUGAACGCGGGCAUGAUGAAGAACGUGUCCUUCGACGCUAUCGACGAGAAGCUCUUUGAUGACCACUUCACCGUCAAUGUGAAAGUGCCCCUUUUUAUGGUGAAGACCGCGUCGAAGCAUUUGAAGGCUGGCGCACGUGUAGUCUUCUUUUCCUCCGCAACCACCAAGUUCUCGAGCGUCCCGCCGAACUACCUUAUCUACACUGCCACGAAGGGUGCCAUCGAGCAGAUGACCCGCGUGCUCGCCAAGGACCUUGGCGCGAAGGGCAUUAACGUGAACGCGAUUGCACCUGGCCCAACCGAUACCGACCUCUUCCGCGCUGGCAAGAGCGAGCAGCUCGUCCAGUUCUUCUCCAACUUGCAUCCUCAGAAGCGGAUUCCUCAGCCGAAUGAAAUUGCGCCUAUCAUCGCGUUCUUGUCGCGAGAUGAAGCAGGUUGGAUAAACGGACAGACAAUCUUUGUCAAUGGAGGAUACGCUGUAUGAACAACAACUGGAAAAUGCACUGUGUGCGCUAUGUAAUGAUGAGCAUAAUAAAUGUCGAGUUUCGUUCAGCAUAGCUCUCUCGGGCCGAAGGGUGCACGCACGAGACUAGGAUUAGACGCCUGCGACUGUUCAUUCGUUGAGCCCAAGUUGCUCACUGUCCGUUUUCUUCCGCUAUCGCACAUCGUCAGCACAUGCGCAUACUGGGUCUAGUACUGUCUCUUGGUAAUCGAUAUCGCACAUUCAUGAG